AUGCUGCGCCCGAUGGAGCUUGCAGCUGAGGAUUCCUCGUUGGCGGAGAAUCCCGCGCUGUGUGUGCGCUGCGAUUUCGCCGUUCGCGCCUUGUCAGGCGAAUCGGAGAGCGCGUAUGCGCACAUUUUAGGUUCCCGAUUGCUCAAUUCAGACGGCGGGGAGGCAUGCGUGCUAUGGGGCGAAGAGACGCGGCACGCGUCAAGCGAAGCCGUCUCCAACUUCGCCGCCGAAGACGGACGCGACAGUCCAGGCAAACCACCCGGCGAUUCACUCCCAUCGGAUACGGAGGGGCGACGCAGCUCCAACACAGAUUCUGAAUCCAGCAUGCUCUCCACCGGGUGGCCAACCUCCAACGAUGGGCCACGGCGGUCCCCCCUUUUCCAAAACUCACAAGGACCUCACGACAAGGCUGCCGAAACUUCUCGCACACAUCGAAGUCAGAAACGCCAGAGGCGGCGCCUUCCGCAUCACAACACCGAGGUGAUAGACAGCAACAAACUCGGCCCCAACCUAACCUUGGACGCCUUCCGGGGACCACAAAAGCGUACGAUCCUGCAUUCAAAAACAAUCAAAAAGCCGGAAACGGCCUAA